AUGGGACCCGCAGCGUGGUCUCUCACAUUCGACUCCAUAAAACAGCGCGUACCACUAGCCGUCAGGUCCUCGACGCGGUCUACCUCACGCUUCGUCCAGACCAAGGUGUGGCCUGUCGUCAAAAAGUUCCCAUUUACGAAAAGACAGCUGUUUGGGCUUCUGCUGCUUGUUGUCUGUGGUAUCCUGCCCUUCAUUAUACUCGGGAAGGCUACGCAAGAUGGAGGCUACGGUGCCGGCGGCCCUCUUUUCUACGACGUUUUCUCGCCCAAGAUUAUUGACUGCGGAGAUGGUUUCGGGCAGCCGCAGAAUUCGACAAUAUCCGGGAUCGAGGCGCUGUUUGUCCUGGACAACACAUUCGGACGAUUCCCUUUCUCUCAGGCCAAGACUAUCGACGUCGCAUGGGACAUAUUGGUUGGGCGUGGGGCCCAGCUCUUCGCCUGGUGGGUAUCGUAUAUUGUCUUCUCUGACGCGCUCCUGCGGCUUAUCGAACGGCACCCGGCUACCUACGAGACUUUUAUGCGUAUCGCGCUUGAGGGUCCUUGUCUAGCAUCCGCGUGGAUUUUGCUUAAGGAACUUUUCCGAAAGCGAAGCAAGCGCACCUGGGCGUUAUUCUUCUACAUGCUCUUGUCGAGCUUGUACGUCCUCGCCAUUCCCACCUUUCUCAGCGCAAUGACAGCAGGUUAUGACGCUUCGACGAUUGCUUGGGUCAACCCUGAUAAUGACGACAAUAUCGUUCCGGCUUCGUAUUUCUCGUCCGAAAUAGUGGUUUUCGGGACCCGGAACUCCACGUUCGAAACCCCUACAUGUGCUGCAGGCCAGCAGAUUAGCAAUAUUGGGUCGUACUCUAACACUCGUGAGGCAUAUUGCAUUUUCGACUACCCCGGAAACACGCAGACCUACGAAGUCACUUAUCCUGACCGCCAAACACUGAACUGUGCGUGCCGUCCCGGCAGCAAUGCAACGCUUAAAGUCACGAUUGGAAACCAGUCGUACGAUGUGGCGGACUUGAACUACACCCAAGGAUGGUGCUGGGAAGACCAGGGCUACGACUACGCCGGCCUGAUGGAUUCAGCACGCUGUCUGCCCGAUACCUCGCAUCCGACGUACCAAUGGGGCUUUUCCACCAUGCUCUCCGGCGUCUUCAUCAUCAUAAACUUCAUCUGGUGCUUGACAAUGUACAUUGUCUGGCAGGACGCACAGCUCUGCGGCAAGCUUGUGAAGAGCGGCUUUAGGAUGACGCAGCUCAGGGCUGCUUUUGUCCUGACGGAGGCGGCGAAGCAGAAGACGGGGUUUGAAGAGAGGGAACUGAUAACAGCGGAGAAGACGGAGCUCGAGAAGGAAUUAUUCGGGUCGAAGAAAUUUGUGGCGGCGGAGGUGGAUAGAUAUCUUUUCAGGGAUGAUAGGAAGGGAGGGUGGGAAGAAGGGGACGAGGGCGUGAGGAAGAGGAGAACGAGAAGCGAAGAACGAGAAGUCUAA